UGCCCUAUAAAUAAGUCAUCCGACGCUGCACUUCGCACCAGCCGGUAGCCACACACACCCACCCCAGCUAGCUACUGCUUGCUGCAUUCUUCGAACUUGCACUCCCAACCAUCGACAACACGCAUCAAAGAAAGAAACAGCAGCAGCGUCAGGUUGCCAGUUCGUUGCGACAUGGUGAAGAACGCGCAGCUGCUUCAGGAGGCGGCGAGCAACGGCGCCGGCAAUGCGGCGGCGAGGCAGGGCGCGGGGAAGGACUCGGGCUACGGCGGCAAGAGGCAGUACAAGGGCGUGCGGAUGCGGAGCUGGGGGUCGUGGGUGUCGGAGAUCCGGGCGCCGAACCAGAAGACGCGGAUAUGGCUCGGCUCCUACUCCACCGCCGAGGCCGCCGCGCGCGCCUACGACGCCGCGCUGCUCUGCCUCAAGGGCUCCGCCGCCGACCUCAACUUCCCCGUGCACCUCCCCUUCCACAUCCCCGCCGCCGCCAUGUCGCCCAAGUCCAUCCAGCGCGUCGCCGCCGCGGCAGCCGCCAAUGCCAGCUGCAGCCCGCUGCAGGCCGGCGCCACCGCCUCCUACUCCGCCGUUGCGGCCAUCAACGCCACCACUCCGCCGUGCAGCUACGGCGACGCGUCCUCGGCCGUGAGCUCCCCGGAGACUGCGAACACUGACCAGUACUGCGAGAUGGCGCAAGACGACUGCAUGAUGGGGGACGUGGACUACGGCGCGCUCGCGGACAUCGAGGCCUUCUUCCAGUCGCCCAAGUGCAUGGAGUACUGCAUGAUGGACCCAUGCAGCACGUUCUUCGCGCCGGCGUCCAUGGCGACGGACGCGGCCACCGAGUGGGAGGAGGAAGGUGAAAUCAACCUCUGGGGCUUCUCCUCCCUCAACUGAUCAGCUCAACCAAACAUCAGCUCAGCGGUCAAGUCUCAAGUGAUCAUCGAUCAUUCAUCAACUCUACACUGACAUAAUUAAUUACUACUAUUGCUAAGUACGUGACCAAGAAUUGGUCACGGAGUAAUAAGCAUAUAUACGAUUAAGGAUUAUUUGAUUCAUACAUAAAUGUAGUUAAUUAUUGCACUACCACUAGGCUAGUUGUGAAAUGUGGGGGAACUCUCGUGGAGCUACAUGUUUUAAGGCAGCUUUCCAUGGAGUCAGCCUCCUCUCAGUUGCAUGCCAUAUACUAUGUGUUGAAACUGUCUCUCCAAGUUCAAGCAAUGAAUUACGAUGUACUCGUA